GCCAGAUGUCGGCUACGCCUGCCCAAGCAAGGCGGAUCACAUUCACACCUCAGGCAUGGGACCGUCAGUUGAGCGAGGUCAAGAUCAGUCCAGAUGAUCUGAACAGGCUCGUCAUGGACUACCUCGUCGUCGAAGGCUACAAGGAUGCCGCUCAGACUUUCUGUCGCGAGUCUGGCAUCGCUCCUCGCAUCGAUUUUGACUCCAUCGCAGAGCGACUGCACAUCCGCCAAGCUAUCCAGCGUGGCGACAUCGAGGAAGCCUUACAGAAGGUCAACGACAUGAAUCCCGAGAUCCUCGACACCAACCCAGAGCUCUUCUUCCACCUUCAGCAACAACGGUUGAUCGAGCUCAUAAGGCAAGGUCAAGUCGCCAGCGCACUACAAUUCGCCCAAGACGAACUCGCCCCUCGGGGAGAGGAGCAUCCCGAGUUUCUCGCCGAACUCGAAAAAACAAUGGCUCUUCUCGCUUUCGAUCUACCUCAAGCCGUUCCGGACGUCGAUGCGUUUCUGGACAAGCUCAGAUCAGAAGGCGUACCCGCGCAGAUCUCAUCGCUGCUCUUGCCCGCUCAGCGACAAAGAACAGCGGGCGAAGUCAAUGCGGCCAUUCUCGUCUCUCAAUCUCAUGGACCGACGCCGAAGCUACCCCAUCUGGUCAAGAUGAUGGCCUGGGGUGAGGAGAUGCUCUCCAACCGUGCGGACUUUCCCAAGCUCGAAUUGCGCGCUCUGCUUGGCGAUAACGUACAGGCCAAUGCACGCUCAACUGCCAACGCUGCAAGUCAGGACAAGGCCGAUUCGGAAGACGUGCAGAUGGAUGGCUAAGUCACACACAUGCCACUCACUGUCUGUCGACCAAUCAAUCGCGGCACCGAUCGACGCGUUGCAAUCUGUCGCCCGACCGUCGGACAGCAUGCAACAUUGCUUGUCGCGGCUGUUCAGUGACAAUUGAGCAGUAUCGCACUCGCGGUAUGCGAUCUGCGCAUCUGCCCUCCUCUCAUGUACACACGAAGUCUUUGUCUGUUGUUCACCAAUGCCAAACAUUCAUGACACGC